AUGACUGCUGUCUGCCCCUCUGAGAGCAGCCCAGAUGGGGCUGAAGCUGGUGCCACCACAGCCGGCUCAAGGUGUUCGGGGGCAGCAGGCACUGCUGGGAGCAGUUCAGUUUCUGGGGCUGACACUGGGGGGUCUAAUGGAGAUUCUGUGGGAGGCACAGCUGGAGUUACUGGUGGCAACAGGUACAGCCGCUGGAGCCGCCAGGACAGCUCAGACAUCAACACAGAUGAUGAGGGAGCCACCAUCCGCCGUCUCACUCCACUGGAAAGACUGAACCUGGAUAUGUGCCAAGAUGAUCGAGUGGUCCGUGAGCUGACAGUGGGCAGGAGAAUCGGCUUUUACAAAAUUCGAGGAGAGAUCGGCUGCGGAAAUUUCUCCCAUGUCAAGCUAGGAAUUCAUGCACUCACCAAAGACAAAGUGGCCAUAAAGAUCCUAGAUAAAACCAAGUUGGAUCAGAAGACACAAAGGCUGCUGUCCAGAGAAAUCUCUAGCAUGGAGAAACUUCAUCAUCCCAACAUCAUACGCCUCUAUGAGGUGGUGGAGACGUUGACACGGUUACACCUGGUGAUGGAGUAUGCAGGCGGAGGGGAGUUAUACACCAAGAUAACUACAGAAGGGAAACUUUCUGACACUGACAGCAAGAUCGUCUUUGCUCAGAUCCUCUCUGCUGUUAAGCACAUGCAUGAAAACAACAUCAUUCACCGUGACUUGAAGGCAGAAAAUGUCUUCUACACCAGCAGCUGUUGUGUCAAAGUGGGUGACUUUGGCUUUAGUACAUUGAGCUGCCGCGAUGAGACACUUAACACGUUCUGUGGCUCCCCGCCUUACGCUGCUCCUGAGCUGUUUCGCGAUGAGCAUUACAUUGGCAUCUUUGUGGACAUUUGGGCCCUUGGGGUGAUGCUGUUCUUUAUGGUGACGGGCACCAUGCCGUUCAGGGCAGAUACUGUGGCCAAACUUAAACGAUGCAUCCUGGAGGGGGCCUACGUUCUGCCCUCCUGGGUGCCAGACACAUGCCAGAGGUUGAUCAGGGGCAUCCUCCAGCCCAUACCAUCUGACCGCUGCACAGUGGAGCAGAUGAUAGGCUGUGAGUGGCUGCUCCCUGUGGACUUCCCACAGGCCAUGGAACCCUUUAAACUGGACCCGUCAUACCUUGCUGAAAGUGAUUCAUCUGAGCUGGGUGCAGAAGAGGUAGAGGUAAAAGCAGCACUGGAGACACUAGGAAUCACCUCUGAGCACAUUCUCAACAACCAGGGGAAGGAUUGCAGGAGCUCAAUCACAGGGGUCUACAGGAUCCUCCUGCACCGUGCCCACAAGAGACGGGCUGUAGAGAGCAUGCCUGUGGUUGCACAGGUAGUCGGACCAACUACAAAUAAAAAGGAACGUCUAAAGGUGUACCGUAGUUUACGGCACACAUCCAAACUCUGUUUGAUUCUGUGACAAUAUGCUCAGCUUUGUUCUGAAAAUAAUAGACUUUAUAGUCUGGGAUGAGAUUGCAUGGAUUUCAUUAGAAAUAAAAAGUGCUUUCCAAUCCAGCUGUAUGAAUUGAAAUCAUGGUAUGUAACCCCACUCAGUUCCUGAAAUCUGGGAUUUC